AGGAUUCUCCGUGAACAGGGAAUCAUAAAUAAAUAAAUAAAGCGGAGAAGCGAAAUCCCCGACUGUCGGAGCGUUCGAUUUGUUUUCUCGCUCUUAGCUCUCCCUCUUUCGCUCGCAGCUGUUCGUUUUCUGUGUUGCACCCUCGAAUCGAUCUCGAUUGCUUUACCUGGGCGUUGUCGCAAUCUCUGCUCCAGGUUUUGUGAUCCCUGAUCGCUGCAAGUUUUUCCUUGUCCGUCGGCUUCGGGACGUUGGCGCUUGUUCAAUGUCUGUAAUCGGGAAGUCGACGAACAUCUUCUGGCAAGAAUGCCAGGUCGGGAAGGUCGAUCGGGAGAAGCUGCUUAAGCAGAAGGGUUGCGUCGUUUGGAUCACUGGGCUUAGCGGCUCAGGAAAAAGUACUCUAGCAUGCACGUUGAGUCGAGAACUGCAUUCCAAAGGAAACCUUACAUAUGUACUUGAUGGUGACAACCUUAGGCAUGGGUUGAACAAAGAUCUUGGCUUUUCAGCAAAAGAUCGCACUGAGAAUAUACGUAGGGUUGGUGAAGUGGCAAAGCUCUUUGCUGAUUCAGGUUUAGUCUGUAUUGCCAGCUUGAUAUCUCCAUAUAGGAAAGACAGAGAUUUCUGCCGUGCAAUUGUUCCUGACUCUAGAUUCAUUGAAGUAUUUAUGAAUAUGCCUUUGGAGUUGUGCGAAGCAAGGGACACAAAAGGCCUUUACAAACUUGCUCGAGCAGGAAAGAUAAAGGGUUUUACUGGGAUAGAUGAUCCAUAUGAGCCACCUCUGAACUGUGAGAUAGAGAUCAAACAAGAAAAUGGAAUCUGCCCUUCUCCUCUUUCCAUGGCCGGACACAUUGUCGACUACUUGGAAGAGAAAGGCCUUUUGCAAGAAUAAUAAAGCUUCACGAAGUCACUUUGUACUCCAAUAAUAUCUCCUUUUUUGCUGCAACUUGACAUCGAGGUCGGCUUACCAUUCUACUUAUUUAUGACUCAAGUAAACAAAACUUUGUGGGUUCUUCCUUGGUUGAUAAACGAAUUACGAAUGUGGUGGAAUGGAAUUUCGGUUGAAAAAUCUCAAUUUUCUUUCUUGUAGUGUAUACACCAUUUUGUUUCAACAAGAUUUUCAUGGUCA